AUGAAUAAUAAUUAUACUCCCAUGGAUCAAAACCAACUACAACAACAACAUGCUCAUCCAGUUGCAACUGUUUUAUGUUGUAACUGUGGUACCCCAAUAGAUGGGUCUGCUGGUUUGGUAAUGUGUUAUGACUGUAUUAAAAUGACAGUUGAUAUUACUGAAGGUAUUCCAAGAGAAGCUAAUGUAUCAUUCUGUAGAAACUGUGAGAGAUUUUUACAACCACCAGGACAAUGGAUUAGGGCUGAAUUAGAAUCAAGAGAAUUGCUAGCCUUAUGUUUACGUCGUUUGAAGGGUUUGAAUAAAGUUAGGUUAGUAGAUGCUUCUUUUAUUUGGACCGAACCUCAUUCAAGACGUAUUAGAGUUAAAUUAACUGUUCAGGGUGAAGCUAUGGCUAACACUAUUAUCCAACAAACUUUUGAAGUGGAAUAUGUUGUGGUUGCUAUGCAAUGUGCGGACUGUGCUAGAUCAUACACUACAAAUACAUGGAGAGCUACUGUUCAAAUUAGACAAAAAGUUCACCAUAAGAGAACCUUCUUAUAUUUAGAACAACUGAUUUUAAAGCAUAAUGCUCACGUUGAUACUAUUUCUAUUACGGAAACUAAAGACGGUUUAGAUUUUUUCUAUGCGCAAAAGAAUCAUGCAGUUAAGAUGGUAGAUUUUUUGAAUUCUGUUGUACCAAUUAAAGCCAAAAAAUCUGAGGAAUUAAUAUCUCAAGAUGUUCACACAGGUUCUUCUACAUAUAAGUUCUCAUAUUCGAUUGAAAUCGCUCCAAUCUGUAAAGAUGAUUUAGUUGUUCUACCGAAAAAGUUAGCUAAAUCUCUGGGUAAUAUUUCACAAUUUGUUAUCUGUUCUAAGGUUUCUAAUACUAUACAAUUCUUAGAUCCAAACACUUUGCAAACUGGUGAUUUAUCUGCUGCGGUUUAUUGGAGAUCUCCAUUUCAAUCUUUGGCCGAUGUUUCCCAAUUAAUAGAAUUUAUUGUGUUAGAUGUUGAACCUACUGGUGCUGUUAAAGGUAGGAAUGUCUUAGCUGAUGUAACAGUUGCUAGAUCGUGCGAUUUAGGUGUUAAUGAUCAAGUUUAUUACAUUAGAACACAUCUUGGUGGUAUCAUUCAUGCCGGUGAUACUGUCAUGGGUUAUUUCAUCGCAAAUUCUAAUUACAAUUCUGAAUUAUUUGAUAAUUUAAAGUAUGAUUACGUUCCAGAUGUUGUAUUAGUUAAGAAGUUAUACCAAAGAAAGACUAGAAAGAAUAGAAACUGGAAGUUGAAGAGAAUGGCUAAGGAACAUAAGGAAAUUGAAGCUUCUCAAGAUUAUAGUUCAAGAGUUCAAAAGCAAGAUAUGGAACGUGCUGAAAGAGAUUAUGAGUUAUUCUUGCAAGAAUUGGAAGAAGAUGCUGAAUUAAGACAAAGUAUUAAUCUAUAUAAGAGCAAUAAGCCGGCCGCUAACCAAGGUACAGAAACUGCACAAAACGAACAAGAUGAACAAGAUGCAGACGCUCCAGAAAUUAAUAUUGAUGAAUUAUUAGAUGAACUAGAUGAUAUGACAUUAGAAGAUGGGCCAGAUGUUGAAAUGGAAACUUAA